AAAACUACAUCUACGUCUUGCUAUAGAUUAUACAGAAUGCGACAAUGGUUAAUUAUGGCAGUAUAUCAUAUUUUAGAAACCUGACCUGAAAAAAAUUGCUAAAGUCUAUUUCAUGUAAUUCUGUUUCAAACGAUGGGCAUCACGAUGCAUUCCUUGAUUCUGUUUGUGUUCCUUGCUAUGGCGGGUAGGACAUCAGCAUCCAACAAUACACAAUGCAAAGAAGGCAUGAUUCUCCCUGUUUGGACUCCUACCACCAAUCUCAGCAAAGGCGAUGUAGUGGCCAGAGGAAUAAUAUACUUCAUUGCCCUGGUCUAUCUUUUUGUGGGAGUGUCUAUCAUUGCUGAUAGAUUCAUGGCAGCCAUCGAGGUCAUCACCUCGAAGGAGAAAGAAGUCGUCAUCAAAAAACCAAAUGGCGAAACACAGACGAUAAGCGUCCGGAUAUGGAAUGAGACUGUGUCCAACUUAACCUUGAUGGCUCUAGGAUCGUCUGCUCCAGAAAUUCUUCUAUCAGUUAUUGAAGUGAUAGGCCAAGGAUUUCAAGCUGGAGAGCUUGGUCCAGGCACCAUUGUUGGAAGUGCCGCCUUCAAUAUGUUCGUGAUCAUUGCCAUUUGCGUUUGGGCCAUCCCUAGCACUGAACAUCGCAAGAUCAAGCACCUGCGAGUCUUCUUCGUCACAAUGACGUGGAGCGUGUUUGCUUACAUCUGGCUUUACCUCAUCCUCACUUGGUCUUCCUAUGGGGUCAUUGAAGUGUGGGAAGGGAUUGUGACUUUCCUAUUCUUCCCUACCACUGUACUGACUGCUUACAUAGCAGACAGAAGACUCCUCAUCUACAAGUACCUCUCUAAAAAGUAUAGAAUGAACAAAAGAGGGGUUAUUGUAGGAGGAGAGGGGGAGGGAGGGGCUGUGGAAAUGGGCGUUCAAGGAUGCAACAAGAGUGGUCUCAAAGUUUUCGAGGAAGAGGAGAAUGAAGAAGUAAAGGAAUUCGAAGAGCACCGCCGGGAAUAUAUACAACUUUUGAGGGAACUGAGAAGGAAAAAUCCUGAGAAAUCCAUGGAAGAGUUGGAGUUGAUGGCCAGGGAAGAAAUCUUGGAAAAGGGCCCAAAAAGCAGGGCCUUCUAUCGUCUGCAAGCCACAAAAAAGCUUACUGGUGGCGGAAACCUACUGAAGAAGAAGUUAGAAAAACCAGAACCAGAAAAGGAAGAAUCCAAGGAAACGAUUCGGGAUGACGUGUGCCGUAUAUAUUUCAAUCCUGCCCACUAUACUGUAAUGGAAAGCGUUGGGCAAUUUGCAGUGACCAUUGUCCGGUCUGGCGACCUGUCCCAUUCCGUAUGUGUCGAUUUUGAGACAGAAGAUGGUACGGCAGAAGCUGGAUCAGAUUAUGAACCCUUGGCGGGAACUGUCAUCUUCCGUCCUGGUGAAACUCAACAGCAGGUGUACAUCACCGUCAUUGACGACGACAUUUUCGAAGAAGACGAACACUUUUACGUGCGUUUGAGCAACCCAAGAUAUCUAAAUCAGCCCGAUGCCAUUCCACCUUUGAGGGCUGUGAAUGGUGCCACUAGUCAGCUACAAUUGGCCACACCCUCCAUUGCCACUGUCAUGAUCCUGGACGAUGAUCACAGCGGUGUUUUCGGAUUCCAGGACGUGGCCCAGGAAGUUCCGGAAUCGGUGGGGGAAUUCCGGCUCAAGGUCGUACGCUACAGCGGUGCCAGGGGGCGAGUCAUUAUUCCCUUCCGGACUCUGGAAGGAAGUGCCAAGCAUGGGAAAGAUUACAAGCACGUGGAAGGAAUACUGGUCUUCGAAAACAAUGAAAAUGCAAAGGAAAUUCCAAUCCAGAUUGUAGAUAAUGAGAGCUAUGAGCGAGAUUCUGUAUUCUACGUGGAGUUGGGGGAUCCAAGAACUGAAGAAGACUACAUCCGUGAGCAAUCUGGCCAGGAAUUGGACGAACACCGUCCUAGCGCCGAGCUAACCGAAGCGGAGAAGAUAGCUUUACUGGGGAAACCGAGACUCGGCGACAAUUACAAGAUUCAGCUACGCAUCAAAGAGAGCAAAGAGUUCAAGAAUACUGUGGACAAAUUGUUUGAGAAAACCAACGCUUCUCUAACAAUUGGGACUUCUUCAUGGAAAGAACAAUUUUUGGAUGUCAUCACUGUUAGUGCAGGUGAUGAUGACGAUGAGGACGGGGAUGAAGAAAAGAUGCCUUCGUGCUCGGAUUACGUCAUGCACUUUUUUACUAUUUUUUGGAAAGUUCUAUUUGCUUUCGUGCCGCCUACAGGAUAUUGUCUUGGUGGCUGGGCUUGUUUCAUAACUAGUAUCUGCGUCAUCGGCUUGUUGACAGCUCUAGUGGGAGACUUAGCAUCUCACUUCGGCUGUACGGUCGGCCUCAAGGAUUCAGUUACGGCCAUUUCAUUCGUAGCCCUAGGAACAAGCGUCCCAGACACUUUCGCCAGCAAGGUAGCAGCAUGCAAUGACAAAUAUGCCGACUCAUCAAUCGGUAACGUGACUGGCAGUAAUGCAGUCAACGUGUUCCUGGGCAUCGGCAUCGCCUGGUCUAUCGCAGCACUCUAUCAUGCAUCCAGGGGUCAGCAAUUCAGGGUCCAUCCUGGAAAUCUGGCCUUCUCGGUCACUUUAUUCUGCGUCUGCGCUUUCAUUUGUUGCACUGUCCUCAUGCUCAGGAGGAGUGCCCUGGUAGGAGGAGAAUUGGGAGGAGCCAUGAAAUACAAAGCACCCACAGUCAUCUUAUUUCUAGGAUUGUGGGUAUUCUACAUCUUUAUGUCCAGCUUGGAGGCAUACGAGAUCAUCCAGGGAUUCUAG